AUGCCCGAGCCUGGGAAGAAGCCAGUGUCAGCCUUCAUCAAGAAGCCGAGGUCAGCGGAGGUGACCGCAGGCAGUGCUGCUGUGUUCGAGGCUGAGACGGAGCGGUCAGGCGUGAAGGUGCGGUGGCAGCGGGAUGGCAGCGACAUCGCUGCCAAUGACAAGUAUGGUUUGGCGGCAGAGGGCAAGCGGCACACGCUGACAGUGCGGGAUGUCGGCCCUGGCGACCAGGGCUCCUACGCGGUCAUUGCAGGCUCCUCAAAGGUCAAGUUCGACCUCAAGGUCACAGAGCCAGAGAAGGCAGAAUCUGUAGCUGCUCCAACCUCUUUGGAGGCUCCAGAAGCCCCCAAAGAAGUCCCUGUUACGGCCACUGAAUUGGAAGAAAAUGUCUCAAGUCCUGAAGGGUCAGUCUCAGUAACCCAGGAUGGCUCAGCCACAGGGAAUCAGGGAGCCCCUGACGACCCUAUUGGCCUCUUUCUGAUGCGACCACAGGAUGGUGAGGUGACCGUGGGCGGCAGCAUUGUCUUCUCAGCCCGAGUGGCUGGGGCCAGCCUCCUGAAGCCGCCUGUAGUCAAGUGGUUCAAGGGCAAGUGGGUGGACCUGAGCAGCAAGGUGGGCCAGCACCUGCAGCUGCACGACAGCUACGACAGAGCCAGCAAGGUCUACCUGUUUGAGCUGCACAUCACAGACGCUCAGGCCACCUCUGCCGGGGGCUACCGUUGCGAGGUGUCCACCAAGGACAAAUUUGACAGCUGCAACUUCAACCUCACUGUCCACGAGGCCAUUGGUUCUGGAGACUUGGACCUCAGAUCAGCUUUCCGACGCACGAGCCUGGCUGGAGCAGGUCGGAGAACCAGUGACAGCCAUGAAGACGCUGGAACCCUGGACUUUAGUUCCCUGCUGAAGAAGAGGGACAAGCAGGGACUGCCUUGAGCUUCCCAGUGGGCUGUGGGACACAGGGACUCAAAGCUGGAGGCCCCUGCUGAAGAAGAUGUGUGGGAGAUCCUGAGGCAGGCGCCACCGUCAGAAUAUGAGCGCAUCGCCUUCCAGCAUGGAGUCACAGACCUGAGAGGCAUGCUGAAGAGGCUCAAGGGCAUGAAGCACGAUGAAAAGAAGAGCACAGCCUUUCAGAAGAAGCUGGAGCCUGCCUACCAGGUGAACAAGGGUCACAAGAUCCGGCUUACUGUGGAGCUGGCCGAUCCCGACGCUGAAGUCAAGUGGCUUAAGAAUGGACAGGAGAUCCAGAUGAGUGGCAGCAAGUACAUCUUCGAGUCCAUCGGUGCCAAGCGCACCCUGACCAUCAGCCAGUGCUCACUGGCUGACGACGCAGCCUACCAGUGUGUGGUAGGGGGAGAGAAAUGCAGCACAGAACUCUUCGUAAAAGAGCCCCCGGUGCUGAUAACUCGGUCCCUGGAAGAUCAACUGGUGAUGGUGGGUCAGCGGGUGGAGUUUGAGUGUGAGGUCUCAGAAGAAGGGGCCCAAGUCAAAUGGCUGAAGGAUGGGGUGGAGCUGACUCGAGAGGAGACCUUCAAAUACCGGUUCAAGAAAGAUGGGCAGAAACACCACUUGAUCAUCAAUGAAGCCACCCUGGAGGAUGCGGGGCACUAUGCGGUUCGCACGAGCGGGGGCCAGGCGCUGGCUGAACUCAUUGUGCAAGAGAAGAAGCUGGAGGUGUACCAGAGCAUCGCGGACCUGGCCGUGGGAGCCAAGGACCAGGCCGUGUUUAAGUGUGAGGUUUCGGAUGAGAACGUGCGUGGCGUGUGGCUGAAGAACGGCAAGGAAUUGGUGCCCGACAGCCGCAUAAAGGUGUCCCACAUAGGCCGGGUCCACAAACUGACCAUUGACGACGUCACACCUGCCGACGAGGCUGACUACAGCUUUGUGCCUGAAGGGUUCGCCUGCAACCUGUCUGCCAAACUUCACUUCAUGGAGGUCAAGAUUGACUUUGUGCCUAGGCAGGAACCUCCCAAGAUCCACUUGGACUGUCCUGGCAGCACACCUGACACCAUCGUGGUUGUUGCUGGCAACAAAUUGCGCCUGGAUGUUCCUAUUUCUGGGGACCCUGCUCCCACUGUGGUCUGGCAAAAGACUGUAACACAGGGGAGGAAGGCCUCAGCUGGGCCACCCCCUGAUGCCCCGGAGGUUGCAGGUGCUGAUGAGGAGUGGGUGUUUGAUAAGAAGCUGUUGUGUGAAACUGAGGGCCGGGUCCGUGUGGAGACCACCAAAGACCGCAGCAUCUUCACAGUAGAAGGUGCGGAGAAGGAAGAUGAAGGUGUCUACACUGUCACAGUAAAGAACCCUGUGGGCGAGGACCAGGUCAACCUCACAGUCAAGGUCAUUGAUGUGCCCGAUGCUCCUGCGGCCCCGAAGAUCAGCAAUGUGGGCGAGGACUCCUGCACCGUGCAGUGGGAGCCGCCUGCCUACGAUGGCGGGCAGCCGGUCCUGGGAUACAUCCUGGAGCGCAAGAAGAAAAAGAGCUACAGGUGGAUGAGGCUCAACUUUGAUCUGCUGCGGGAGCUGAGCCACGAGGCGAGGCGCAUGAUCGAGGGCGUGGCCUAUGAGAUGAGAGUCUACGCAGUCAAUGCUGUGGGGAUGUCCAGGCCGAGCCCUGCCUCUCAGCCCUUCAUGCCUAUCGGGCCCCCUGGUGAACCAACCCACUUGACUGUGGAGGAUGUGUCGGACACCACCGUCUCACUCAAGUGGCGGCCCCCAGAGCGCGUGGGUGCAGGGGGCCUGGAUGGAUACAGUGUGGAGUACUGCCAGGAAGGCUGCUCCGAGUGGGUGACUGCUCUGCAGGGGCUGACAGAGCGCAUGUCGCUGCUGGUGAAGGACCUACCCACUGGGGCACGGCUGCAGUUCCGAGUGCGGGCACACAAUGUGGCGGGUCCUGGGGGCCCUGUCAUCACCAAGGAGCCUGUGACGGUGCAGGAGAUACUGCAGCGACCACGGCUCCAGCUGCCCAGACACCUGCGCCAGACCAUCCAGAAGAAAGUUGGGGAGCCUGUGAACCUCCUCAUCCCUUUCCAGGGCAAACCCCGGCCUCAAGUGACCUGGACCAAAGAGGGGCAGCCACUGGCGGGUGACGAGGUGAGCAUCCGUAACAGCCCCACAGACACAAUCUUGUUUAUCCGAGCUGCCCGCCGCACCCACUCGGGCACCUACCAGGUGACGGUUCGCAUCGAGAACAUGGAGGACAAGGCAACGCUGAGCCUGCAGAUCGUGGACAAGCCAAGUCCUCCCCAGGACAUCCGGAUUGUUGAGACUUGGGGUUUCAAUGUGGCUCUGGAGUGGAAGCCACCCCAAGAUGACGGCAAUACAGAGAUCUGGGGUUAUACUGUACAGAAAGCUGACAAGAAGACCAUGGAGUGGUUCACUGUUUUCGAACAUUACCGACGCACUCACUGUGUGGUAUCAGAGCUUAUCAUUGGCAAUGGCUACUACUUCCGGGUCUUCAGCCAUAACAUGGUGGGUUCCAGUGACAAAGCCGCAGCCACCAAGGAGCCUGUCUUUAUCCCAAGACCAGGCCUCACAUAUGAGCCACCCAAAUACAAGGCCCUGGACUUCUCUGAGGCCCCAAGCUUCACCCAGCCCUUGGCAAACCGCUCCAUCAUUGCAGGCUAUAACGCCAUCCUCUGCUGUGCUGUCCGAGGUAGUCCUAAGCCCAAGAUUUCCUGGUUCAAGAAUGGCCUGGAUCUGGGAGAAGAUGCUCGUUUCCGCAUGUUCUGCAAGCAGGGAGUGCUGACCCUGGAGAUCAGGAAGCCCUGCCCCUACGAUGGCGGUGUCUACGUCUGCAGGGCCACCAACCUGCAGGGCGAGGCACAGUGUGAAUGCCGCCUGGAGGUGCGAGUUCCUCAGUGACCAGGCUGGCCCCCAGAGAUGGCUAGGUACAAGUGGAUGCCAGCCUGUGUACCAGAAGCCCAGAAGGGAGUUGGAGGAGCACCGUUUUCUGCUACUGCAUGUGUGUGUGUGUGUGUGUGUGUGUGUAAACCUGUGCAUCCUGAAAGGACUGGCCAGCAGUUAUGCCAGGCGGGUCUGGUGGGUUCUGCAGAAACUGAAGUCACACCUCCUAAGGAGUGCUGUUAACAUUGGGAGCAUGAAGUGAAGUGGCGACUGGGGACAGGCCCUUCUGGCUGGCUCAUUGUAUAAGAGCAAUAAAAGAUCAGUGCAGUC